GCCACAGGCACAGCAGAUGGCGGGACCCUUGGCCCAGUGGGCCCGGGGCCCAGGACCCAGUUGGGCGGGGCCCAGGCGCAGAGGACAGUGGGAUGGCCUUGGUGGGGACACGUAGGGCGUGAGCCCUGAAGUCAGCGUCCCUGUCACCGUGGACAGCUGAGGGUGACCUCGGAGCUCCACGUGCAACCUUUGCCUCCACUUUCCUGCCCGUCAAAGGGAUCUGAUUCUCCAGCUGCUGCCUCCACCUCUGCAACGGGGGUGGGGUGUGCGGGGGCUGGUGUGAGGGUGUGUCCCUACUGGAAAUGGACCAGAGAGGUGAAGACACCACCCUAGUGCCACACAGCAGGAUGUCCAUUGAUCAGACAGCUCAGGACCCUGGAUCCAGCCUGGGGGAACUGGACCAGCAGAAUGUGAUGAAUCGAGUGGUGGCUUUGCCCCUGGUCAAGGCCACAUACACUGCCGUGUCCAGCGCUUACAACUCGGCCAAGGACAGGCACCCACUGUUGGGCUCUGCCUGUCGCCUCGCUGAGCACUGCGUGUGCAGUGUGACCACCUGUGCCCUGGACCACGCACAGCCACUGCUGGAGCACCUGCAGCCCCAGUUGGCCACAGUGAAUGAUCUUGCCUGCAGGGGACUAGACAAAUUGGAAGAGAAGCUGCCCUUCCUACAGCAGCCAUCAGACAUGGUGGUGACCUCAGCCAAGGAUACAGUGGCCAAAAGUGUCACUGGCAUGGUGGACCUGGCCCGAAGGGGCCGGCGUUGGAGUGGGGAGGUGAAGCGCUCCAUAAGUCAAGCCAUGGACGUGGUGCUGGGCAAGUCGGAAGAGCUGGUGGACCGCUUCCUGCCCAUGUCUGAAGCUGAGCUAGGUACUGAUCAGAGAGGUCUGGGCCUUGCCCAAGGCUGCACAGCACAGCACAGCACAGCACAGCAGAGGGAAACCUGGAACUCAAACCCAGCGGCCCUGGCUGCUGAGGCCGAAGGCCCAGAAGUGGGCUCAGUGGAGGAGCAGAGGCAGCAACAGGGCUACUUUGUGCGUCUGGGAUCCCUAUCCGCACGCCUCCGCCAUCUUGCCUAUGAACACUCUUUGGGGAAACUGAGGCAGAGCAAACACCGCACCCAGGAGAUGCUGGCCCAGCUGCAGGAAACCCUGGAGCUGAUCCAGCAUAUGCAGAGAGGGGCAAGCCCCACUUCUACUUGUCAUCCCCCAAAGGCUCAGGAGCUGUUGGGGGACUGGAGCCAAUGUCUGGAGAAUGGCCGCAGCCACAGCCAGGUGGAGCUGGAGACACUGGCUCUGUCUCGAAGUUUGACCCUGGAGCUGCAGAGUGCAGUGGAUGCCCUGGCAGGCUGUGUUCGGGGCCUGCCACCUGGUGCCCAGGCCAAGGUGGCUGAGGUGCAGCGCAGCGUGGAUGCUCUACAGGCCACCUUUGCUGAUGCACACUGCCUUGGUGAUGUGGCACCCACUGCUCUGGCUGAGGGCCAGGGCAGUGUGGCCCGGGCACAUGCCUGUGUGGAUGAGUUCCUGGAUUUGGUCCUGCGGGCCAUGCCACUGCCCUGGCUUGUGGGGCCCUUUGCACCCAUCCUGGUGGAAAGGUCGGAGCCCCUGAUCAACCUGGCCACCUGUGUGGAUGAGGUGGUGGGUGACCCUGACCCUCGCUGGGCACACAUGGACUGGCCAGCCCAGCAGAGGGCCUGGGAGGCCAAGCCUGCAGACCCUGGGGGACAAGAGGCUGAGCCCCAAAGCGGCCACGUCAAGCACACAAUGAUGCCAGAGCUGGACUUCUGACCAUCGAGGUCCUUACUGCCCCCUGGUGGUCACGACAGCGCCUACACAGGCUAGGGCUUCUGCUUCCUUCCCUGCCGUGGAUGACUUCGAGGUCUAAGUAGACCUCAGCAGGCCAUUUUCAACCCCUCACAGGAGACUCUCCCUUCCUUAUGAUCCUGUCCUUACCCCCAAAGUUGACGCAUGAGAGGCUGAGGCAGGUGGAUUGUGAGUUUGAGGCCAGUUUGAGCUGCCUUAUCAAGAUUGUCUCAAAAAAAAAAAAAAAAAAAAAAUGGAAAAGAAAGUGGCUGGGAGGAAGACCUGGUGCCCACAGUAUCUCUACCUGGGGGCUUGGAACUUCCCGAGUCAAAUGUUUGUGGCAGAGACUCAAUUGCUUUGCUGUUUGUGGUCCAGAAUAAACAUGUUUGAUGUGGUCUGA